AUGCCAAAACAAGUUGUGAUGCCAAGUAAAAAGUCCAACAUCAUUUAUGAGAAUUGGAAAGUAAAAAAAGCACAAUGGUACUUGAAAAAGAAUUUAGCUGUUCUUUUACCUGAAUCACGCGCUAUUCAACUCACAUUUGAAGCCAAAGGCGAUGGACAUCAACAAGGAGACUAUAUGGUACAAGAUCGAUCAAAUACAUGUGUUGCUUGUGGUGGUAAUACCUAUUUGACCAUGCAUCAUGUUGUUCCUGAAAUGUACCGUCAUUGGAUGCCUUUAGCUGUCAAAUCCAAAUCAUAUUGUCAUGAUCAGUAUGAACAGAAAGCCACUGCCUUUAAAAAGCAAGGUGUAGCACGAUUUGGUAUUUCGCUUGAAGGCAGAGGAUGGAUCACAUUGCCUCAUUACAAAAAAGCCAAAAAAGCAGCUUCUGCAUUGCUACGAUCCUCAGACAAGAUUCCUCUUGACCGACAAACUGUUCUUAAAGACAUAGUCGUUCAAUUCUGGCAAGAAGAACACCCAGACGAUACAACCACUGAUUUUGAUUGCCUCCUUCGUGAAUGCAGUGAAUUACAAGACCAUUUUAAAGGCCCUGAUUUUAUAGAACACGGACAAGAAGCCAUACGACAAUUAACACAACAAUGCAUCAUCAAAGACAAUAAGGAAACAUGGCCUGAUUUAGAAAACUUUAUCAAAGAAUGGAGACAACAUUUCUUAGAUCAUGUUCAGCCCAAGCACCUAAGCCCUUUAUGGACUGUAGAUGCUAGUAUUUAUACACAUAGUUAG